CUCUUUCUCUUUCUCUUUCUCUUUUAUUCUUUUUUAUUUUAAACAAUCAUGACUGAAUUUGUUGUUUAUGAAGAUUCUCCUCUAGCAGAAUAUUUAGAAUCUAUUGACAAGGCGGAAGCGACUGUCAAAAUAGCAACACCUUCUCUUUCACUUCAUAAUACAAACUCUUUAAAAUCUACAUCAAAGCGGUUGGAUAUUUCUAGGAUUUGGAGAAAUUCUAUGUUUCACGACACUUUUUCCAUCUCAUUAUCAAGAGCAGAAGAAUCUGCAUUCGAAGAGAAAUUUAAAUAUCUAAUUGUUACUUCACCUCUUUUGAGCGAAGUCCUGUCUGUUCAUAAACAAAAGAAACAUAUGAAUGAAUUACCAUUUCAGUCAACUCGGACAACAAAGUUGGGUGUCACUAACCUGGUUGCCACGCUCGCUGUUCUCUUCGGAGCCGAAAAAUACCUGAUACAGUCUAAAUUGCCUGCCAUCUCGUUAUUCUUCUCUACUUCAGCAUCUUUGUUUUUCUUUGUCAGGCAUAAGAGAAGAACGAGUAUUCGUCAAUUAUAUCAAAUUGCCCUAUCCAAACUUCAGGCAUUUACAGACCACAGUGAUACGUUUGACACAAAGAUCCAUCGUGUCUUGAUCACGAUUCAAGAAAUUGAACUCGUCUCUCGAGGUUUUCGUCUUUCAACACCUUUACCGCCUAUUUCACGUAUUGAGCAACACAGCAAGCAACGCAAAUGCACUCAGUUGCGUCACAUGUUGGCCUCCUUGCUUCGAAGAGCCUUUAUUGUGUACGAAGAAGGGAUUGUGGACUUGGUAGGCGUCGUGAAUAAAAAGAACCUGGCAACCUUGUACGAUAUGUACAAUGUGCAUUCAAUUGCAUCUCUUUCUGCUGUAGAGGAGGACGAUCUUAGUCUGGACCAGCUCAAGAAGUUGGCUCAGAUUAUGCAUGCGAAACGUAGGGAGUGUAUGGUCCAGUUAUUAGCUUUAGAUGUCAUGACAGAAGAUCAUGAUUCGAUACGGUAUGACUACAGACAGGCAUGGAAGAAUAUCAAUGAUGUCCUGAGCAAAUUAGUGGAUGAGACAGAGAAAUUUGGCAAGGAUCUUACAGAAGCAUUAGAUGCUGAAUUCUAUAAACCUUUGAAUAAUUUUGACAAGGGCAGUCUAUCGAGUAAAAUAGAAGAUAGUAGACUCAAGAAAUUUGUACAUCGACUCUCUUCUCUUGAGCAACAAUUACGAACAAUGGAAGCUAAAAUCUAUUUAUGCAGUGAAGAUGUACGGCAACUAAAUUCAGCAUCUGAAGAGGAGUUAAAACAAAAACUGGUGAAUGAAUACACUUCGGUUCAAAAAGGAUUUGAAGACAUGGCUUUGGAAUGGCAACAUGGUAAAGAUAUGUUAGAAGCUUAUCUAAAUCCACCGAUGUUGCAACAACAACAACAACAACAACAAGAAGAAGAGCCAGAAGAACCAGAAACACCUAUUGAAGAAAGUGAAGGAAAAGGCGUUUUAUUGGAUUCUGAAGAUGUGGCUGACAUUUUGAAUUUGCCUGCAGCUUCCAAGGCGUCUGUUUUUGAAGCCAUUGCUGGUGUAGAAAAGAACAACAAAGAACGAUCUACAAAGACAAGACAACAGCGUAUUGAGGAAAUGAAGCAAAAACGAAUCAAAGAAAAUGAAGAAAAAGCAGCUCGAUUGGAUUCUCAAACAAUUGUUCAUGAACUAAAAAGUGUGCUUGAUAAAAGAGCAGUAGAAUUAGACUUAAAAGACAUCCUAUAG